AUGCCUCCACCGCUCCCCUCCCACCACCGGGGGAUGACCAAGAAUCCCGUCAAGCCCGGUCGGCAUCGUCCUGGAAAGGCAGUACCUGAAGAAGAAUCAUCAGAAGAAGAGGAGGAAGACGACGAAGAGGCACAAAAAGAAGAAGAGCGGCGCAAACGGAUUGAGGCGCAGCGCCGGCGACAGCAAGCACCUAAAGCCAGUUCAUUUCCCGCUGCAGCAGUAGCGCAGGCGGAGGAUGAUGACGAAGAAGGGUUCGUCACAGACGAAGAUGAAGAUGCGCCCGCACCUGCGCCGAAAGCUACGCCAUCUACGGAUAAGUCAGAACCCGCAGUAAAACCUUCGCCUGUGCCCGCGCCCGCGGCCGAGAGGGCGGAAGAAGAGGAGGAGGAAGAGGAGGAAGAGGAAAGUUCCGAAGAAGAGAGCAGUUCUGAAGAUGAAGCACCACGCCGAAUGCUCAUCCGACCAACCUUUAUCAAGAAAGACAAGCGCACGACCCAAGAGUCUGCAGGCCAGACGCAAGCACAGAUCGACGCAGAGGCAGCAGCUGAAGAAGCCAAGCGCGCAGCCCAACGACAAGAAAAAGCCGAUAACCUCAUCCGCGACCAACUCGAAAAAGAAGCCAUUGCACGCUCGACGGCGAAUCGAGCCUGGGAUGAUGACGAGCUCGUCGAAGCCGACGAAGAAGAAGCAAUCGACGACACAGACGGUCUGGACGCAGAGGCCGAGCUGGCGGCGUGGAAACUACGUGAGCUGAAACGCGUCAAGCGCGAGCGUGAAGCCAUUGAAGAAACCGAGAAAGAGCGCGAAGAAAUCGAGCGUCGUCGGAACCUCACUGCCGAAGAGCGGGAGCGCGAAGAUAGCGAGUUCAUCGCGAAACAGAAGGAAGAUCGAGACGCGACCCGUGGCCAGACGGGAUUCAUGCAGCGCUAUUUCCACAAGGGUGCUUUCUUCCGCGGAGAUCUUGAGGCCGAAGGCCUUGAUCGGCGAGAGCUUAUGGGCGCCCGAUUCGAGGACGACGUCAAUCGCGAUACAUUGCCUCAGUACAUGCAGGUUCGGGAUAUGACGAAGUUGGGCAAGAAGGGACGCACCCGGUACAGGGAUUUGAAGACGGAGGAUACGGGCCGCUUCGGUGAUGGGUUGGAUAAUAGGAGACGUCGCGAUGGUCCGCCGCAGGGCGUUACGGAUGAGCGCUUCAUGCCGGAUCGUCCUGGUGAUGAUCGGGAUAGCGGACCUACGGGUGCGAAUGCCAGUGUUGUGAGAUCUCGGCGGCGGUCGAGGUCGCGAUCACCCCGGCGGGACCGAGAUGAUCGGGACAAGGGUCGGGAUCGAAGUCGGUCUCGGGAGCGCAGGAAACGAAGUCCAUCGCCGUAUGAGGAUCGGGAGAAGCGUCGGCGCACGGGUUCAUGA